AUGCCCAACGAUUGGAAUCUCAGCGUCCUUUGUUCUGUGCUGAAGAAAGGCGACCCAACGAUAUGCGCCAACUACCGGGGAAUCAGCCUGAUUGCCAUCUCAUAUAAGGUCCUAUCGAGCGUAAUAUGUGAACGACUGAAGCCGUAUACCAGCACACUGAUCAGACCUUAUCAGUGCGGUUUCAGACCUGCUGAUACGUCUUUGCAGGAUGACAUUGAGCAGUACCAUCAGCUCUGUCAAGAGACCAUCAAUAAAAACAUGGGAUAUGGCGCAGAAGCAUGGAUAGUGUCAAUGACAGAUGCAGUAGCGUUUAAAGUGUUCGAGAGAAAAAUUCUUCGCAAGAUCUUCGGUCCCGUUCGGAUUGGGGACGACUUUCGCAUUCGGAUGAACCACGAGCUGUACGAGUUAUACGACGACGUGGACGUGGUCCGGCGCAUCACGAUACAACGUCUGCGCUGGCUCGGCCACGUUAUGCGUAUGGAUGAAGAAUCUCCAGCUCAGAAGGUAUUCGAAGCGAGAGUCGACUACGGGCGACGACGAAGGGGACGACCAAAUCUCCGAUGGAAGGACCAAGUAGAGCAGGACCUCAAUCUACUGGGUAUUUUCAAUUGGAGGAGGCGCGCGAAGAGCAGAAGCGCCUGGAGGGAAACGCUAAGGUCGGCCAAAACCCGAAAUGGGUUGUAG